CCCAUUUUACACUCUCUCUAAAAAAGGAAACUCUCUCUUUCCCCGUCUCUUUGCUCUCUCUGAUUAGUAUUUUUAGCUGAAAAGUCUCUCUCUGGAAUUCAUGUCGGACACAGGUCGGCCACUGCCAAAAUUUGGUGAAUGGGAUGUCAAUGAUCCUGCAUCAGCUGAGGGAUUUACUGUGAUAUUUAAUAAGGCAAGGGAUGAGAAGAAGACAGGUGGCAAACCGGAGUCACCAGGAAAGGCUGGUGAUUCUCAUGUUAAGCCUGGAGUAAAUCCUGCCAAACAUCAGCCUAAAAAAUGGUUCUGCUGCAUCCAAAGUCCGCAGGUGGACUCUUGACGGUGCCUUUCCCACGUAAGAGCUUCAAGAGAAGUGUAUGUUCGUCUAUCUGUGGCCCCACAAUGUAUUUACCAAAGAAGAUAGGAGCUGUAGAGUGUUGACGAGUACUCCUGGAAUUUGUUUUUUUGUGUUGUAAAACUGAGUUGUGGUGGGGGGAAAGAGCAAAUACACAAUUAUUGUAUCUAUCAUGAAUCGGAAUGUUUUUCUUCUCUUUGCUUUCUCUCAUGUUGUAAGCUGUAGAGCUUUCGUGUCGUUUAGUUUCAUGUAAUGGGCUUUGUUUGUGAAAUACAUAAUUUUUAAAUUCUUUUCUGAA